ACACGCUUGCACAACUCCAUCUAAUCUAAAGUUCAAGGUAUCAUAGACAAGUCUGGUUUGGUACGCUCGCUGCCAUUCAGCUCUACAACUGGUGACUGAUUCGCUUGCCUGCAAGAAGAGCUGUUACACUCAAAGAAACCAUGGGUGAGUGGGGAUUUCUGUCUUCGCUGCUGAAUAAGGUCCAGUCCCACUCCACGGUCAUCGGGAAGGUCUGGCUCAGCGUGCUUUUCAUCUUCAGGAUCAUGAUCCUUGGAGCUGGAGCAGAGAAGGUUUGGGGUGAUGAACAGUCCAAGAUGGUUUGUAACACCAAACAGCCUGGUUGCAAGAACGUGUGUUAUGACCACGCCUUCCCAAUCUCACAUAUACGAUUCUGGGUCCUGCAGAUCAUCUUCGUCUCGACACCGACACUGAUCUACCUCGGUCAUGUCAUGCAUGUCAUCCACAAAGAGAAAAAGCUGAGAGAAUAUAUACAGACCCACUCUAGCAGUGAAAUAACAAAAGCUCCAAAGUAUACAAACGAGAAAGGAAAGGUGCAGAUUAAAGGUAAUCUGCUGGGAAACUACAUGGUCUCCAUAGUGUUCAGGAUCCUCCUGGAGAUAGCAUUUAUUGUGGGGCAGUAUUAUCUGUAUGGGUUCGUCAUGGACCCACUAAUUGAAUGCUCCCGAGCCCCAUGUCCCUACACUGUUGAGUGCUACAUGUCUCGACCCACUGAGAAGACCAUCUUCAUCAUGUUCAUGAUGGUAGCAUCCUGCCUGUCGCUUGUGCUCAACGUGGUUGAGAUCUUCUACCUGCUGUGUUGUCGCUCAUCCAGACGAAAGGCCAAAACAGUGCCGAUGACCGCCAUUCCCCUUCACCCCCGCUUCACCAGUGACACCAUGUUGAAAAAUCAGAAACUUAGCCUCAAUGAUGUCAGUCACAGCACAGCCUGAGAAGUGCGGCUUUGAUCCAAUGUGCAGUAUUUGAACAGUUAACUAGGGCAAAUAACAAAGAGGCUAAUAGGGAUACAUUGCAAGAAGCUUUGGCACACAUUUGUAAAAGGGAAAACAAACGUCUUUCACAGCUAUUUAUUUUAAAUGCUUAAAAUUCAUGCAAUAAACUCACACAUCUGAAACAUCUAAAACAAUCUGAUGUUUGGUAUAUUGUCACUGGAGUAAAUUGUUUUUGCCUCUUUUUAACUUACUUUUGGUUUUGUACAUAAUAUUACAGGUGCAUGUUUUGGUGUUAGUUGAAAAGUCUGAUGUGUGGCCUUUGACUACAUGGGCUAAAUAUCUAAAGACUAGAUUUCUGAACCCACUGCUGAUAUGUUUUAACUGCUGCAGUUUGCAUUUACUAAAAGCCAUUUUGUAGCGCUAAGAAGGUAUGACUGUUAGCACUACUUUGCUUUAUAAAUGUCUUUUUUCUUUGUUUCUCUGAUGUACUGAUGAUUUUACAGACAUGGAUGUUUUGGAAAUGUACAUUUAUGUCAUUUAAAAUGGUUUGCUUUGAUGUUUAUAUAUUAAUAUAUGUGACUUCAUGUGGCUUGUCUUUG